GCACGGCUCUCUCGUGGACGAUAUAUAUACAUAUGUAUAUCUCUCCACAUUUAUACGAUUAUGUAUACAUAUAUAUUUAUGUCAGCAAGGUAGUGUGCUCGCGGAUCGUGCGUGCAGAAGCGCUUAAAUAUUAAUCACGUUACGAAUGUUUUUGACCGAGUGACGCGCGCUUGCUAGACGGGACCGAUUAUCGAGAUGCCACGGAUGUAUGAGCGUAGCGAAAAUGGAAGUCCGUGCUAAAUACGGACCGCGCAACUUGCAAAUAAGCAGCACCGAUGGACGCGGCCAUGUUUUCUGGUAGCAGAAAUCUUACCCAUUAAUAAUUCGUUAAUCGUCGACCACGAAGUGGAGCGUGCAGAAUGCCGAAAUGCGAUGUGAGGGCGAGAUAUCUACCAGCCACGUUCGCCUGGACGGUCUUACUCAGCACCACGACACUGUUCUUCUGUUUUCCAUGCCAGUAUUAUGUGUUCCAAUGGGGAACGUGGGUACCUGCGCUUCAAGGAGUCAUCACCUUUUUCGUAUUGGCAAACUUUACGCUAGCAACCUUCAUGGAUCCAGGCGUCAUACCAAAAGCGACUUCCGACGAAGAUCGAGACGACGAUUUUCGUGCUCCCUUGUAUAAAAGCGUAGAAAUCAAUGGUAUUACGGUUCGCAUGAAAUGGUGCGUUACAUGCAAGUUCUACAGACCUCCUCGUUGUUCGCAUUGCAGCGUUUGUAAUCAAUGCAUUGAGACUUUCGAUCAUCACUGCCCUUGGGUGAACAACUGCAUCGGUAGGAGGAACUACAGAUUCUUUUUUUUCUUUCUCUUGUCACUCAGUUUCCACAUGCUCAGUAUAUUCGGACUUUGCCUGUAUUUUGUAUUGGAGCGCAAACAACGGCUGGGUGAAGUGGACACAAUUGUCGCACUCGUACUCAUGGGUGUGGUUAUACUCUUGUUCAUUCCAAUUUUUGGACUGACCGUCUUUCACGCAAUACUUGUUUGCAGAGGACGUACAACAAAUGAACAGGUAACGGGUAAAUUUAACGGCGGCUACAAUCCUUUUUCCCGUGGUUGCUUUCACAAUUGCUGUUAUACGCAAUUUGGACCACAAUACCCCAGUUUUAUUAAGCCUGAAAAGUAUUCAGGGAAACGACGCGGAGCUUGUACAUCUGAGAUAUCGACUAUAGGCAGUGAGAACCAGGUAAAAACCUACAUGGAUAGCAGCAAUGGUGUUAGAAAUGCCAGUUCAAAUGCUUACAAUAAGUUGUCUCCUGGACGAGAUGGAUCUGAUACAGACAUGGAACCCACCGCGUCUCAGUCCGCGGAUUGCGAACCCACACCUCCGCUACAAAGACAUGGUUCCAAAAGCAAUUUCUUCCUGCCACCUGUGGAGAACAGUGAAUCUCCCAGGCACCCACCACCGUCGCAACACCGCCAUCCAAUACCAUACACCAGAGGCAGCCCUCAUCCAAGGCCAAGGUACGUUGUCACUACCUAUAGGGGUAUGAACGACUCACGAAGCCACACGCCCGACCCUUUAUCACCGGAAGUGAGCAACUCGGCCGUCACAGCUUCCCAAAGAGGUCAAGGUCAAGGGGGUGCUAGUCCAACAACACAACGGAUUAAAGCUAUUGGGGUACCGACUCCACUUGCCAUUUCCAGUCCUAUGCGCAGAUCGAAUCCAGGUACGCCGACGCAGGUCCGUCGGCCCGAUUUUAUAGGAGUGAACGACGCGCCGACUUACUACGAUGUACAGCAGGGAAAUAACCACGGUGUCGGCGCUGCUAGCGGCGCCGUAAUCACCGGUUACAGCCCUCAGCGGCGUUUCCUGUCGGAAAGCGAGCUGAUACGACAGGGUGUCGACCAGUCGUAUUCGAGAACGAACAACACUGUUGACAACAUUCGCGAGCUGGCCGGCUCGCCGCAGCGUGGCGUCUACAUGUGGAAGGACAACUCGCCAGGCAGCUACCCCGUCCCCCCAGGGCAGACUAACGCCACGACGCACCAGUCGCCUUCGCAGAGACCACCGCCGUACGACUACUACCGUUCCAAUCCCACUAGUCCUACGCAACAGUUGUACGCGAAUUCGCCUAGGCCAGCGUAUCAUCCGGCCAUGAGAGGCGGCGUAGCGGUCUUCCCACCUCAUCAGUCGCCCCAAGUGAAACGAAAAGCCGCAAUGGUGACGCCUACCACGCCUACGUCGGGCGACGCUCGACGCAGACCCAUGUCCUUUGUCAGAGCACUCGAGAUGACAGACUCCAUGGAGAUGGUGUCUGCGCCAAACGACAAUAGAUUGCAGCGGCCCACCACACCCACGCCGGAUCGGACCAGUGUCUACGACAUGAACUAUGAGAUAUCCGUAUAGCCCAGCUUUACGGUCUCCGCGCCAUCCUGCGGCUGGACGGAGAUUGUACAAGAAAUGCCGACACUACGCAUCUCCCGCUCCAACGAGGAAAGAACAGCGUACGCCGCUUACGAGAUAUCCGUCUGAAUUCGUGUACGAUCGACGGUACAAACAAGGGGUGUCGCAUUUAAAUCGUUCCUCUCGAACGUCUCUUAGAACUAAAUGUUAUGCGAACGGGAAAGUAAACUCUUCCUCUAUCUUCUGCAAAUAUGUUUAGUGUAAAGGGUUCGAAAGUUUUCUCAUGUAUCCGUCUCAUUUUCAUUUGCUAAGUUUCUUCUCAUGUAUCUAUCUCAUUUUCACGUGCUAAGUUUCUUUUCAAACAAGAAUUAAAUGGUUUUGAAAGGGAACGUACUUCGAUGCGUGUUCUUUCUUAGGUGAAGACGUACAGAAAAUGCAAAGAUCAACUUCUUUUUUUUAUGAAUAGAAUUACUAGUAUUUUUGGGUGGAAUUCGAUAUAAUAAUGAAUUCUAGGAAUAAAAGUAAUAGUGUAUUUGUAUCUCCUUUACAUGUCCACCUAGGAAAAGCUACUCGCAUCAAAUUGUAUCUCCCUUCAAAAUCAUUUGACUUUCGUUUAAAACAUUUGCCAGUGUUGUCAACAGUUUUGGAGACAUUCAUGGGGAACGAUUGAAAUAGGAUACUCUGUACAGUGACUUCGGAGAAACUGCGGGGUGUUGAGAUAAUAGCGCCCUCGACUGCAGAGUGUCAGCAAUUCAGGACCGAUUUUGGGGGGUUUUCUUUUGAGUGCUGGAACUGUAAAGACCUGGCCACCUCACGGUGGAAUGGUCAUGCGAGUGUUAAAAACAGAAAGACAUACUACUGCACACUCUACAGAAUCAUUUUUUAAGAAAAACAUUUAUCCUUAAACAGAACAGAGUUCCGUGACAGAAAAACAGAAAUGAACCUAACCUAGAUCCAAUACGUACGGUCCUGUAGCGAAUAGAGUGCCACUCCGCUGAGAAAAACCUAUGAGGUCAACCCUCUUGAAACUGAGCGAAUAAGAUCAUCAUAUUUGUACCGUCGACUAUACGACGCUUCAAACCUGAGCGUUCCGAUGCAGCUAGACGUUCCACGUCGAAACGAUACUAAUCCGGCUGUGGUAUCGUCGAGUUCUUCCGGUCCAAAUGCUGAUCCACGUUAUACAUAUAUAUCCAGGGUGUGCUAAUACUGAUGGUUUAUCAAAGUGUACAUAUAGUAUUCAUACAAGGAAACAAAGAAGUAUUAGUGAAUAUAGGUCUAGAAGUCAACAAUCUUCAAGUUAAGAAGAAGAAUUCAAUUUCGUCUAACGUUAGUCACCCUAAAACAUCGUUCACCUUCACAAUCAAGACCAUAAGAAGCUUCUUAUAUGAGUUACUUGGUCGCUCAGUCCCUCCAUGUCAGUUGGUUCCUUCGAUUCGUCUCUUCCAGAGAUGAAUGAACAUAAAGGAAAAUAGAUAACUUAUUUUUUAUUAGUUUUAUGAGUGCUAUACGAGUUGCAAAGCAAAGACACUUGGAAGAUCUACCGAUACGAAAUACAAUCUGUUCUAACUCAUAAAUUGUUGAUUCCCAGACUCACGUUUACUAACGCUUAUUUUUCUUAUUUCCAUGAGUACUAUAUGUAUCCAAAACUUGCUCCACUAGUUUUGAAACACCCUGUACUCUGUAAAGAUCACGUUAAACGAUGCUGACGUUUCCCCGAAGGGGAGGACAUCGACGUGUAAAAGUUGUUUGUCCUCGUUAUAGACAAUGAUAUGUUCGAAUGUAUCCAAUGUGGAAUUGUAAACGAUAGGUGAUCGUCCGCGGGCAAACCGGGAUAUCAGUGUCCAAUUAUUUUCCAUAGCGAGUCGCUGACACGGAAAAUAUAUUUAGGUCUUGAUUCGCGUUGAACGAGUGGAAAACGGGAACGUGUAGUUUUCAGUUCAACGCCGAGUCUGUCGUCGGCGCAAGACUGUCGUGUCAUGUUAUUAGGAAUAUUAUUUCGUUUAGACGGUAUUUAAAAAGAGAAACGUUCGAUUCGGUGUGCAUCUGGCUCAGAAAAGUUGUGAUGCCAUAUUCGCGUUACGACAGCUUUCACCAGCGGAGAAAUGACCAACCGCUGGUGC